AAUGGCUUCUCCCACACCCACAUGGGCCCCGCCCCCUAGCAGCGGGACCUAAGGGCUCUUCCUCUUCUAAGUGGUGUGCUGUCCCUAUGGCUGCCUACGAAGAGGUGAGCGUGUCCGGCUUCGAGGAAUUCAACCGGGCUGUGGAGCAGCACCAGGGCAAGACCAUUUUCGCCUACUUCAGCGGUUCUAAGGAUGCUGAAGGAAAAAGCUGGUGUCCUGACUGUGUGCAAGCUGAACCAGUCGUUCGAGCAGGGCUGAAGCAUGUUAGUGAAGGAUGCGUGUUCAUCUACUGCCAAGUAGGAGAAAAAUCGUAUUGGAAAGAUCCAAAUAAUGAUUUCAGAAAGAAACUGAAAAUAACUGCGGUGCCUACACUCCUGAAAUACGGAACGCCUCAAAAACUGGUCGAAUCUGAGUGUCUUGAAGACAACCUUGUGGAGAUGAUGUUCUCUGAAGAUUAAGAUUUGAUGAUGGCACUUGUGUCUUGAUUUCCUGGUUUGCUACAGUAUAAAAGAAUUGCAUACUUGAUUUGAAUUCAUGUUAGCAAUAAAU